AAUAGUGCACUCACGGAGUCCGGGAAGUUGUGUUACAGUCAUAUUUUUGCUGUGCUUAAUCAUCAGCCUUAACGUCAGCUAAUUGAUAUGAACAUCGACACAUGUAUCUUCUCCUGAAGUGUGUCGAUGAACUCCACUAAAGCGUUAUGUAUGAGUUUAAGGCUCGACGCACACCUCUCCGCGCAGCUCGUCCCCCACACUCAGGCGACAUCAAUAACAAUGGUAACCCGGAGUCUGAGAUCUGACUGGAGCUAAACGGACCGAAAGCCUAGUUGCUGUAUUGCCGUUUUAUUUCUUUUGUGAAUUUCCGACUUUUAUACAUAGACAAGAGUGUUCGUCUAUUGUUAUAUGUAUCAAUUCAACAUUUUUUUUUUUUGAAAAUGUGCGAGGCGCUGUUGGCCAUCUCACACAGUCUGUGCAUGUGUGUCCCUGCUGCUUCUCUGCUGGGCUACUAACCUAGCUGCUUUUCACUCGCUGGUUAGCUAACGUUAGCCUGGCCGCGUUUAUUGACUUGAAGUGGAAAACAUACGCGAAUGAAAAGCGUGUGUGUCCGAUCUGUUUUACGACAGCGGUCCUAAACUAAUCUGGGAUAAUUGUUGUCGGGUUCAUAAAGAAGUGUUGUAUGAUUUGUCGCAGAAAAUACUUUGCUGGCUAGCUAACAAGCUAGCUAUUUGUGUGUAUUCUUCGACUGAGGAAAACGACGAGUUUUCUUUGAAAGUAUGGAUGACCAGACCAGGAUGAUGACUGGUCUCACCGGACUCGGUGGACUAACACAAGGCGAUGUCGGCGACCCAGACUCGGUUAGGAAACAACAGUCCCUCGGUCAACCUCAACAAGACAUAGGGGAUAUCCUACAGCAAAUAAUGGCCAUCACCGACGAAAGCCUGGACGAAGCACAGGCCAGAUGCUGGCCAGAGGAAUCGCCGGCGCAUUGGGGUGGAUCAGACGACCCCACAGAGGGAGGGAGAGCAGGGGGGGGCAUGGCAGGGGGUGGCCUGCCACUCAACUUCCAGCACAGGAAACAUGCCCUGAACUGUCACAGAAUGAAGCCAGCCCUCUUCAGCGUUCUCUGUGAGAUCAAAGAGAAAACUGUGCUGAGUAUACGAGGUGUGCAGGAAGAGGACCCUCCAGAUCCCCAGAUCAUGCGGUUGGACAACAUGUUGCUAGCAGAAGGUGUGUCAGGACCAGAGAAAGGAGGAGGAUCAGCCGCUGCAGCUGCAGCUGCAGCAGCAGCAGGGGGCUCACCCACCGACAGCAGCAUCGAACACUCCGACUACAGAGCCAAGCUUGCUCAGAUCCGUCAGAUCUAUCACUCUGAGCUGGAGAAGUACGAACAGGCCUGUAGUGAGUUCACCAACCAUGUAAUGAACCUGCUGAGAGAGCAGUCUCGCACACGACCCAUCUCUCCCAAGGAGAUUGAGCGCAUGGUUGCUAUCAUCCACCGCAAGUUCAGUUCAAUUCAGAUGCAGCUCAAACAGAGCACCUGCGAGGCCGUCAUGAUUCUGCGCUCACGCUUCCUUGAUGCCAGACGUAAGAGACGCAACUUCAACAAGCAAGCUACAGAGGUGCUGAAUGAGUAUUUCUACUCCCACCUGUCAAACCCCUACCCUAGUGAGGAAGCCAAGGAGGAACUGGCCAAGAAGUGUGGAAUAACUGUGUCUCAGGUCUCUAAUUGGUUUGGCAACAAGAGAAUACGCUACAAGAAGAACAUCGGUAAGUUCCAGGAGGAAGCGAACCUCUACGCAGUUAAGACAGCGGUGGAUGCUGCCAAUGUGUCUGCGCAGGCUAGCCAGGCUAACUCCCCAGCAACGCCCAACUCAGGGUCACCGGGGUCAUACAGUUUGGCUCACACAGGCGAUACCUACCUUGGCCUGCGUUCACUCAACGGGGAGGGUCUCACCAUCGCCCCCUCUCUACAGCCGCAGGUGGAUACCCUGCACCGUGCUACACACCUGACGGGCGGCUAUGAGGAGCUGUCGGGUAGUGGCCUCUACACCCCUCAUCGCCUGGAUGUGAGUAUCAACUAAACUAACGGCUCAUUU